CAAAGAAUUUCUUUGGUUUCUUCUCCUUAGCUUCUUCUGCGGAAUCCCCUUGUCAUGGCUUAACCACUAACCAGUCUGUUUUUUUUUUCUCUCUGAUUUCCUUUUCUUUUCAACUGAAUUUCCUGAACGUUGGUGAUCUAUAUAUACCUUCUAUUGAGGUUUCGCCGAUCGUAUCUAUUUUUAGCAUCAAUGUGGUGCUGUAGUUUUUGACAAGAUGGGUAUUGUUGGAAGUAAAAGUGAAGGAAAUGGGUUCAGCACUUCAAUUCUCGUCCUCUUGAAGUUUUAGUUGAAUCCCUGAACUACAGUUUUCGGAUGAUAAAAAGCUGAUUGCAGCUUGUAGAAGCUGUACUUAAGUAUGUUGAUAAUAUUAUUGCAGCUAUUUAAUCACUCCAACAAUGAGACAUGGAUUCCUGUCAACGAUGUACAUAUUAAGCUACAGUUUAGCAUUAAAAUUCAUGUGCAAGCCAGUGAACAACACAGUGUUGAUAGAGUAGACACCUUUUGGAGGUUCUUAGAAGCACAUUAACAAAGCUUUGAUUGUGACUUUGUCCUAGUAUACCCAUGGAGCGGUAUGGGAUCUUGGAAGAGCUUGGUGAUGGUACUUGUGGUAGUGUAUUCAAGGCCCUCAGUUUGGAAACAAACGAAAUUGUUGCUGUCAAGAAAAUGAAGAGAAAGUUCCAUUUCUGGGAAGAAUGCAUGAACCUGCGGGAAGUGAAGGCGCUAAGGAAGUUGAAUCAUCCCAAUAUUAUAAAGUUGAAGGAGGUUGUGAGGGAAAACAAUGAGCUCUUCUUCAUUUUUGAGUACAUGGAAUAUAAUCUGUACCAAAGAAUGAGAGAACAAGAAAGACCAUUUUCUGAGGAAGAGAUACGGAACUUCAUGUCUCAGCUGUUGCAGGGACUUACUCACAUGCAUAGAAAUGGAUAUUUCCAUCGAGACCUAAAGCCCGAGAAUUUGCUGGUAACGGACAAUGUUCUUAAAAUUGCUGACUUUGGACUGGCGCGAGAAGUUUUGUCAAUGCCUCCCUAUACUGAAUAUGUUUCCACACGGUGGUAUCGAGCUCCUGAAGUCCUGUUACAGUCAUCAACAUAUACUCCUGCAAUUGACAUGUGGGCAGUUGGCGCAAUAGUAGCCGAGCUUUUCACUCUAUCCCCAAUUUUCCCUGGAGAAAGUGAAACCGAUCAAUUGUUCAAGAUAUGUCGUAUUCUUGGUGCACCAGAUUGGACUACUUUCUCGGAAGCAGCAAAUACUUAUAGACUGGUUAAUACUAGUUAUUCAGAUAUUAUCCCAGUCAACCUAUCUGAUUUAAUUCCCAAUGCUAGCUCAGCAGCUAUUGAUUUGAUUAAGCAACUUUGCUCGUGGGACCCAUUAAGGAGGCCAACUGCGGAACAGACAUUACAACAUCCAUUCUUUCAUGUGGGUACGUGGAUUCCUUAUCCGCUUAGUGAUCCGCUUGAGCUGAAGCUAAGUAACAUUGGUAAGUCUUUAUCAAGACUGGAUUCAAACAUUGAGAAUUCCUUUUCUUGCUUCAAGUAUUUGUGCUAUGAUGCAGGGACAGAGCCAAACCUUGAGCUGAAUUUAUGGGACUUUCAUGCUGAACCUGAUGACUGUUUUCUUGGAUUGACACUGGCUGUCAAGCCCAGUGAUUCAAACAUGGAGCUGCACAAUAAUAUGUCUCAAAGUAUCGAAGAGGAUAUAGUGUUUUGCACUGGUUUCAAAAGUCACUCGGAGCAAUCAGUUAUUUGGUCUUUUCUUUCUCCUGAUCAAGAUGUACACUGUGCACCAGUUGAAGCAUCUUUGUCAUUGUCAUUCAGUUCAAUUCAACAUCCAUUAAAUGGAGUUCCUCAAUCAGCUGGGUUCACGGUUGGACCACUGCAGCCUGAUAUUUUUGACUGUCCAUUGUUGGCUGCAUCCUCCCCAUUGCAGCACAGUCAUUACCUCUGAUCAAUUAGAUCGGUACAUACUACAUAGUGUAAGGAGAUUUGUAGAAAUAACCUGUCUAUCCGUGUAGCUCUCUCUUUUUUUUCCCUUCUCCUGUUGUAAAGCGACAUUUAGCAUUGUUGUAGAUUCUGUCAGUGCUAUGGUUCUCCAUGGACGGCCAGCAUUUGUCAUAGAAUACAUCCCAGUCCAAGUUUACAGGAAAACUUGAUAAGGAAUCUGCACGAACGGUGAGAAAUUUGUGAUAGUGAGCAAUUUGGGGUGUGUAUUAGAAAAUUUUUAAUUUUUGGUUCUCAAGUUAUAACGGAUCAACAAGAGUUGCAUUACCCUUUUA